AGAGCGCGCUCCCAGCAACCGCGGCUCUCGCUGCGUUUGUAGCGUCACGGCCUCUUCUGCUUCUCAUUGGGCGAGUCCGUCCAAUCAUGUGAUUCCAGUAUGGCGUAUAAAUAAAGGCGAGGAGAAGGCGGUGGUCCGCCAUUUCGUGGACGCCGGGUGAGCGAGAGCAUUGCUGGGUGUUGGGCCGGAGAAAAGCUGGAAGACCCAUCGGAGCGUGUAGAUUUGAGCCGCCGCAUUUCUUAACUCUAGAUCUCGAAAUGCAUCGUGAUUCCUGUCCAUUGGACUGUAAGGUUUAUGUAGGCAAUCUUGGAAACAAUGGUAACAAGACCGAAUUGGAACGGGCUUUUGGCUACUAUGGACCACUCCGAAGUGUGUGGGUUGCUAGAAACCCACCCGGCUUUGCUUUUGUUGAAUUUGAAGAUCCCCGAGAUGCAGCUGAUGCGGUCCGAGAGCUAGAUGGAAGAACACUAUGUGGCUGCCGUGUAAGAGUGGAACUGUCGAAUGGUGAAAAAAGAAGUAGAAAUCGUGGCCCACCUCCUUCUUGGGGUCGUCGCCCUCGAGAUGAUUAUCGUAGGAGGAGUCCUCCACCUCGUCGCAGAUCUCCAAGAAGGAGAAGCUUCUCUCGCAGCCGAAGCAGGUCCCUUUCUAGAGAUAGGAGAAGAGAGAGAUCGCUGUCUCGGGAGAGAAAUCACAAGCCGUCCCGAUCCUUCUCUAGGUCUCGUAGCCGAUCUAGGUCAAAUGAAAGGAAGUAGAAGACAGUUUGCAAGAGAAGUGGUGUACAGGAAAUUACUUCAUUUGACGGGAGUAUGUACAGGAAAUUCAAGUUUUGUUUGAGACUUCAUAAGCUUGGUGCAUUUUUAAGAUGUUUUAGCUGUUCAAAAUCUGUUUGUCUCUUGAAACAGUGACACAAAGGUGUGAUUCUCUAUGGUUUGAAAUGGAUCAUAUGAGGCAUGUAAUACCAAGAAUUGUUACUUUACAAUGUUCCCUUAAGCAAAAUUGAAUUUGCUUUGAACUUUAGUUAUGCAUAGACUGAUAAUAAACCUCUAAACCUGCCCAGCAGAAGUCUGAUUUUUUUUUUUUUUAAUACAGAAACAACUGGCAAAAAAACUAAGAUUUACUUUUUUUCCAUAGCUGGGAUAUAGGAUGCAGCUGCAGUUGAAUAAGCAGUCUUUAAAAACUGCUGUGAAACACAAGCCAUCAGGUAAAAAGAAACGCUGAACUAUUAAAUUAGAGGUUUUUGAAAAAUCCAACUUUCAUCCUGGGCAGAGGUUGCCUAGUUGGUAUAGAAUCUGUUAUUCAAGAAAGUUUACCUUUGCUUUAGGUCAUAAGUUCCUUAUUUGAUUGCUGUAUAUGGAUACAUGGCUGUUCGUGACAUUCUUUAUGUGCAAAUUUGAGAUUUCAAAAAAUGUCCUGCCAGUUUAAGGGUACAUUGUAGAGCCGAACUUUGAGUUACUGUGCGAGAUUUUUUUUCAUGCUGUCAUUUGUAAUAUGUUUUGUGAGAAUCCUUGGGAUUAAAGUUUUGGUUACAAAUUGUUGUUUAACUUGAAAGCCUGUUUUUCCUUGCAAACUCAAAUCUGUGAGCUUGGUACCAAGUCCAGGUAUAUAACAUUCCUAUUGGAAGCCAUACUUAUAUUUUCUUGUAAAGUGCUUUUGAAUUAAUAAAAUAUUAGCAUAAUGGUGUAAUAGUCAGUUGAACCCACUGUUAACCAUUGUUCUUAUCCCAUGGGAAGCAGUUGGUUACAUGAUUCUUAUUUUAUAAGAAACACAGCUGAGGCACUAUGGAUUAGUCUUCUGAAGUGAAGGGAAUAUAGAUGUCACCUAAGUGAUAGUUAACACUUUUUUUUUUUUUUAAAGGAGUAGAAGCCAGUUCAGGGUCCAUGUUAUUUAGUGACCAACAUUUUAAAGUAUAGCAGCAACCUGGUACUUAAACACAAAGUAAAUUGCCCAUUAACAAUGGUUUUUAUCUUUAGCAUGAAAACUUUCCACAGGUCUAAAAAUUGCUUCCAUUUUUUAAUUUGAGGUGUUGCAUGGGAAUUCUAAGCUGAUCCAUCAUGAUGUAAAGUUCACAAUACGGUUCAAAUGUAACAGUGCAGAAUUGAAUAUGGAGGCAUGCAUAACCUUCCUCUUAGAAAAUGGGAGGAGUUGUAAUUUCAAAUUUUUGUGCAAUUAGAUUAAAUCAUAAUGCAACAGU